AUGGCACUGAGGGCAAAGGUGGCGGCGCUUGAGGCUGAGGCGGCUUCUGCUAGGGCCGAGCUGGAAAAGGCGCGUGCUGAGAUGGCGGCGAAACGCUCCUCGCUCAAGCAGCUCGAGGCGCGGACCAAGGCGCGGGUCCAGAUCCGCGGGCGCGGGUCCGAGAAGGACGGAAAGCGGGUGCUCUCGCAGGGCUCAACCGAGAAGCUCCACGCAGUCAUCACGGCUUCGACUGAGGACGAGUCGCACGCGCACAAGCUGCGCAACGAGCUCGUGCUCGCCAACAUCCGGACCGAGACCGUGGCCAAGCGGAUGGAGGCUGAGCUCGAACAUGUGCGGUCAAUGGUCGAUGCGGCGCCCGGCGCCCGCGAGCGUGCCAUCAAGGGCUUACAAGCCACACUGGAUGCUACGUUGCGGGCUCUGUACGAUGCGCAGGAUGUGGCGGCGGCGUCAGAUGCCGCUGCGCGCACCCUCUCCACAGAGUCGGCGCUCAUCAUCGACGCCUUUGUCUCGUAUGUCGAGGCUUGCGAGGUCGGCAUUGCAGUGAGUGCACCCGACCCGCAAGCAGAACCCAUCGCAUACAUUCAGUACUGGCGAGCACGAACGGUGGAGAUCGUCAAUGCGCAUGCGGCGCAGCUCGCGCUCGACGGCCGGGUCCCAUUCGACAACGCAAUGGUCGACUACGAGCCUCCUCCAGCUGCCGGCGCCGCCGCUCGCGACCGUCCUCCGCCACGCUAUGACGCUGGUGCCAUGGCCCGUGCCCGCGCCGAUCAGCUUCUGGCUGCCGCCAAAUCCUCGAUUCGCGGACAGAGCCCAAUCAUCCAGCCGCGGUAUGCCGGCCCGGCGUACAUCGGAAUUGCCACGCCUCCGCCCAAGCCCGCUCCUCCCACGGCCCAAGACGUUGUGCUCGCGGCGCUUGCGGCGAAGGGCGCCCCGGACGGGGUGGACGGUGGGGUGUGGCUUGCAUGUGCGCGCGAGGCUCUGGCAGAACUGUCCGAGUACCCGGUGGACGUCCUUGCCAUCUUUACGGUCGGAAGGGUACAAUUGAAGGUGGCCGAGGCCACAGCCGAGGCCAAGGCCGAGGCGGAGCGGGCGGCACGCGAAGAGGCCGAGGCGGCACGCGAAGAGGCCGAGGCGGAGCGGGUGGCACGCGAGGAGGCCGAGGCGGCACGCGAGGAGGCCGAGGCGGCACGCGAGGAAGGCGACGCCAAGGCCAGAGCGCACGUGGCGUUUCUCAUGGGCAAGAUCCCCGAUUUCCGCACUUUGCCGAGCUGA